AUGGGUGGCAAGCAAAGUACCGCGGCCCGCUCGCGGGGGCCCUUCCCGGGGGUCUCCACCGACGACAGCGCCGUGCCCCCGCCCGGGGGGGCGCCCCACUUCGGUCACUACCGGGCCGGCGGCGCCGCCAUGGGGCUGCGCAGUCGCUCCGUCAGCUCGGUGGCUGGCAUGGGCAUGGACCCGAGCGCGGCCGGCGGGGUCCCCUUCGGCCUCUACGCUGCGGCUGCCCGGGCGGCGGGCGACCCCGAACGGGCCCCGGGCGGCGGCGGCGGCUCGGGCGCAGACUCCACCUACGCCCAUGGCAAUGGUUACCAGGAGACGGGAGGCGGUCGCCAUGGAGACGGGAUGCUGUACCUGGGCCCGCGAGCCUCGCUAGCCGACGCGCUGCCCCUGCACAUCGCGCCCCGCUGGUUCAGCGCGCACAGCGGUUUCAAGUGCCCCAUUUGCUCCAAAUCUGUGGCUUCUGACGAGAUGGAAAUGCACUUUAUCAUGUGUCUGAGCAAGCCCCGCCUCUCCUACAACGAUGACGUGCUGACUAAAGACGCGGGCGAGUGCGUGAUCUGCCUGGAGGAACUUCUACAGGGGGACACGAUAGCCAGGCUGCCCUGCCUGUGCAUUUAUCACAAAAGCUGUAUAGAUUCAUGGUUUGAAGUGAACAGAUCUUGCCCAGAGCAUCCUUCUGAUUGACCUGCUGGGCAUGCCUGCUGACUUCUCUCUAAGGGCACCUUGCUGUACCUGCCAUUCAUCCUCUCCCCUUCCCACCCGC